AUGUCGGAAGAUCCACAAGCUUUCACCGGCGAAAAAAUUCAGGUGAAGUCGAAUUCCGAUACUGAGUCGGAGGCUCAACCUUAUGAGGGAUUCGAUGAUAACGUUGACUCGAGGGUCCGGGACUUGGCCCGUGAGAUUACUCAUCAAAGCAUGGCCUCGGGAAAUUUGACCGAGGUGAGUACUAACGGAGGUGUUGGAACAGGAACAGUGAAAAGUGAUUUGCUUAGAACAAUUACAUCGAUGUCGCAGGUUCCUGGUACUAUUCCAUAUGAUGCUGCUGACAAUCCAGAGAUUGAUCCAAGAUUGGACCCAGACUCGGAUAAUUUCAAUUCCCGUUUCUGGGUGAAAAACAUGCGGAAACUUCUCAACAGUGAUACUACUUUUUACAGACCAACUUCCUUGGGUAUUGCCUACCAGAAUUUGUGUGCUCGAGGCGUCUCUUCGGACGCAGACUUCCAGCCCACGUUUGCUAGUUUGGCAUUGAAACUUUCCAAGGAUUUCUACUUCAAGUAUUUCCGCUCGAGAGACACUUCCCGUUACUUUGACAUUUUGAAGCCUAUGGAUGCAGUCAUCGAGCCAGGUAACCUCACUGUUGUCUUGGGACGUCCCGGUGCCGGUUGUUCCACUUUGUUGAGAACCAUUGCCUCGCAGACUUAUGGUUUCAAGAUCGAUGAGAAUUCUAGAAUCAGCUAUGACGGUUUGACUCCAGAAGAUAUCCAGAAGCACUUCAGGGGUGAGGUUGUGUACUCGGCCGAGACGGACGACCACUUCCCCCACUUGACCGUUGGCCAGACCUUGCAGUUUGCCGCCAGGUUGCGUACUCCUGAAAACAGACCUGCAGGCAUCACAAGAGAGCAAUAUGCAGACCACAUGACUAAGGUCUACAUGGCCAUGUACGGUUUGUCGCACACUUACAACACCAAGGUCGGAGACAACUUUAUCAGAGGUGUGUCUGGUGGUGAGAGAAAGCGUGUUUCCAUUGCUGAGGUCUCUCUUUGUGGUUCCAACAUCCAGUGCUGGGAUAACGCCACCAGAGGUUUGGAUGCAGCCACUGCUUUGGAGUUCAUCAAGGCUUUGAAGACAAGUGCUGCUCUUCUGGACACAACUCCUCUCAUUGCCAUCUACCAGUGCUCUCAGGAUGCUUACGAUCUUUUCGAUAACGUCAUUCUCUUGUACGAGGGCCGCCAGAUUUAUUACGGUCCUGGUACUGAGGCAAAGCAGUUCUUCGAGAGGAUGGGUUACCAGUGUCCACAGAGACAGACCACUGCCGACUUCCUUACCUCGUUGACUUCUCCAGCUGAGCGUGUUGCUAAGAAGGGCUUCGAAAACAAGGUUCCAAGAACUCCAAAGGAGUUCGAGGACUACUGGAAGAGCUCUCCUGAGUAUGCAGAGCUUCUAAAGAAGUUGGACUCGUACUUCAAGCGUUGCGAGGAGUUGAAUACCGGAGAGAAAUACCACGAGGCUCAUGUUAUCAAGCAGUCCAAGCAUUCACGUCCAGGCUCUCCAUUCAGAGUUUCUUACGCCAUGCAGAUUAAGGAGAUCAUGCGGAGGAAUAUGUGGCGUUUGAAGGGUGAUCCGUCUGUCACCAUCUUCUCCGUUGUCGGUAACACCGUCAUGGGUUUGAUUCUUUCUUCGUUGUUCUACAAUUUGCAGCCUGUAACCGGAGACUUCUACUACCGUACCGCUUCCAUGUUCUUCGCCGUCUUGUUUAACGCAUUCGCUUCCUUGAACGAGGUUAUGGCAUUGUUUGAAGCCAGGCCUAUCGUUGAGAAACACAAGAAAUAUGCGUUGUAUCAUCCUUCUGCCGACGCUUUUGCAUCCAUCAUCACGGAGUUACCUCCAAAGAUUCUCACGUGUAUUGCCUUUAACCUUAUCUUCUACUUCAUGGUUCACUUCAGGCGGAAUGCUGGAAGAUUCUUCUACUAUCUCUUGAUGAACUUCGUCGCUACUUUGAUCAUGUCGAACAUUUUCCGUUCUAUUGGUUCGUGCUUCAAGACUUUGUCUGAGUCCAUGACACCAGAUGCCGUGAUUCUUGCCGCCCUUGUUAUUUACACCGGUUUCGUUCUACCAACACCAACUAUGCAUGGCUGGUCCAGAUGGAUUAACUACAUCGACCCGAUUGCGUAUGUCUUUGAGGCGUUGAUUGCUAAUGAGUUUACCGGAAUUGAAUUCACAUGCUCUGCCUUUGUGCCCGCGUAUGAUAAUGCACCGAUGAAAAAUAAGGUUUGCUCUGCUGUUUCCUCAGUUGCUGGUAGCAAGUACGUCAACGGUGAUGCAUACAUCUUCGAUUCGUUCCGUUACAAGAUUGACCACAAGUGGAGAAACUUCGGCAUUGCCAUCGGUUACGCUGUCUUCUUCAUGUUCUUGUACUUGUGGCUUGUUGAGACCAACAGAGGUGCAAUGCAGAAGGGUGAGAUCAUUGUUUUCCAGAGAUCGACAUUGAAGAAGCUCAGAAAGGAGAAGAAGAUUCCUGGCGGCAACCGCGAUGAUAUUGAGGCCGGAUACUCAUCUUCUGAGAAACCAGCUGGAAUCAAGGAAGAGAUGGAAAGCGGCGAUUCUGGCAGUGGUGAUGAUGUUGGCAAGUUGGUUGUUGGUAACGAUAUUUUCCAUUGGCGCGAUGUUUGUUACGAAGUUCAGAUCAAGACUGAAACAAGACGUAUUUUGGAGCAUGUGGAUGGUUGGGUUAAGCCGGGCACGUUGACCGCUCUUAUGGGAGCAUCUGGUGCCGGUAAGACUACCUUGUUGGAUGUUCUUGCCAACAGAGUCACCAUGGGUGUUGUUUCCGGUAGUAUGUUCGUCAAUGGCCGUGUUAGAGAUAAAUCAUUCCAGCGGUCUACAGGUUACGUUCAACAGCAAGAUUUGCAUUUGCGUACUUCGACUGUUCGUGAAGCUUUGAGAUUCUCCGCCUACUUGAGACAACCAUCCGAGGUUCCUAAGAGUGAGAAGGAUGACUACGUUGAGAGUGUCAUCAAGAUCUUGGAGAUGAGUGAGUAUGCAGAUGCCAUUGUCGGUGUUGCAGGUGAAGGUUUGAACGUUGAGCAACGUAAGAGAUUGACUAUCGGUGUCGAGUUGGCUGCUAAGCCUAAACUUUUGUUGUUCCUUGAUGAGCCUACCUCUGGUUUGGAUUCCCAGACCGCUUGGUCUAUUUGUCAAUUGAUGAGAAAGCUUGCUGACCACGGCCAGGCUAUCUUGUGUACCAUUCACCAGCCUUCUGCUAUUCUUAUGCAGGAGUUUGACCGUUUGCUUUUCCUUGCUAGGGGUGGUAGAACCGUUUACUUUGGUGAUCUUGGUGAGAACUGUAACACUUUGAUCCAGUACUUCGAGAAAUAUGGUGCUCCAAAAUGUCCACCCGAGGCAAACCCUGCCGAAUGGAUGUUAGAAGUUAUUGGUGCUGCACCUGGUUCCCACGCCUCUCAGGACUACCAUGAAGUUUGGAUGAACUCGGAGGAAAGGGCUGCUGUGCGUGAUGAGUUGAACGAAAUGGAAGUUGAACUUUCUAAGAAACCUGUUAGCACCUCUCCGCAGGAAAUGAGAGAGUUUGCCUCAAAUUGGUGGACCCAGUACAAGUAUGUCACUAUCCGUGCCUUCCAGCAGUAUUGGAGAACUCCAUCGUUUGUCUGGUCUAAGGUUUACUUGACUAUCUUCACUUCGUUGUUCAACGGUUUUUCCUUCUUCAAAGCUGGAACCUCCUUGCAAGGUAUGCAGAAUCAGAUGCUUGCCAUCUUCAUGUUCGCCGUCAUUGUUCCAACGCUUAUCAACCAAAUGCUUCCUCAGUACACUGAUCAGCGUGAUAUUUAUGAGGUUCGUGAGCGUCCUUCAAAGACAUUUACCUGGUCGGUCUUCAUUUCCUCAGAAUUGACUGCUGAGGUUCCUUGGGAUUUCUUGGUGGGAACCAUUGGCUAUUUCUCGUGGUACUACCCAAUCGGAUUGUACACCAAUGCUACUCCAACUCACUCGGUUGCGGAAAGAGGUGCACUCACAUGGCUUCUUAUCACGAGUUUCUUCUUGUACGGUUCGACUCUUGGACAGAUGUGUAUAGCUGGUAUUGAGAGGAGGGAGAACGCUGCCCACAUUGCUGUUUUAUUAUUCACCAUGGCCUUGAACUUCUGUGGUGUUCUUCUUUACCCAACUGGUUUCUGGAUUUUCAUGUAUAGAGUUUCUCCAUUCACUUACUGGGUUUCUUCCAUUCUCUCUGCUGGUAUCGGUAGAAACAAUGUCGUUUGCAAGGCGGACGAGUUGGUUUCUUUCCCUCCACUAGAAGGACAAACUUGUGGUGAAUACAUGGAAAAGUACAUUUCUGUUGCUGGCGGUUAUUUGACCAACGAGAACAGUACCGAUAUGUGCCAGUUCUGCACAUUGAGCUCUACUGAUACCUUCCUAGCCUCUAUUCACAUUGAAUACGCACACCGCUGGAGAGACUGGGGUAUUUUCAUUUGCUAUAUUGCAGUUAACGUGAUAGGUUCAUUUGCCCUCUACUGGCUUUUCAGAGUUCCAAAGAAGAAGGACAGGGUUAAGGAUGAGUCUCAAUUGAAGUCUACUGCUAAGAGACCAGAAAGCGAAGCCCCUGAAGAGAAAUAA